AUGGAGCGCACGAUGGUGGAGCGCUGCCUGCGGGAGUGGGCGGCGGAAGUGCGCAGUCCGUGCGAGGCGACGCUCUACCUCCAGCGCAUACCGACUGACUGCUCGAAGGCGUCGCUGCGGGGCCUCGUCGGCAGGGCGGGCUUCGGCGACGCGUACGAUUACCUGUACUUGCCGAUGUGUUUCCACACGAGGAAGAGCAAGGGGUACGCGUUCAUUAACUUUGUCAGCGAGGACGCGGCGGAGCUGUUCAUCCAGCGCAUGGACUCGUACCCGAUGGGCGACGGCGCUGCCCUGAGCGUGAUUCCCUCCCGGACCCAGGGCCUGGGGGAGAACAUGAUCAUAUGGGCGCGCUCCCAGUCGCGCCGCGUCCGGAAUCCGGACUUCCUGCCAUACGUUCGGGCGCUCGAUGGGCUCGGGAUGGUUCACCCCUCGGAGCUGUGGUCCCGCGGGCGGAUUGACGAGCCCAAGCUCAAGGCGGCGGGGCCCGACACCUGGGCAACCGGCGCGCGCGCCAGCGCCCGCGCGGGGAGCGGCGGUGAGCCCCCAGAGGAGCAGUUCAAGCUCGAGAUCGGCGAGAUCGGGUGCGAGGGGUACGAGACCGAGUUCGGACGGACAGAUGCGGGCGGCUUCACCUCCGCCGUCCUGGCCUACGGCCUCGCGAACGCGGUCGUCCUGGAGCGCUUCAGCGUGUGA